AGAAUCUUGAAAAAUUCAUAAGAGAUUGGAAAGUUUAAAGACUGUAUAGAAACAGCAAUACAGUUUGAUGAAAAAAUAAUUUCAUAGUUGAAUUCAUGAGUCGAUUAAAUGUUGAUCACCUUGAAAAACCUGGAAGCACUGGAAAGCUGUUUCGUCCUAGCACAAGUCUCCUCAACACUGAGCAUCCACAAUCCCGCCCUCCUCGAGAUUCGAACCCAGAACCUAUCAGUCUUGCUCUCAAGCGCUUAAUGUCUAAACCACUGAGCCGGUAUCCAACGGCGUUAAUGUCUAACUUCAACUAAUCCACGAAAUUGCGCCACCGUACACCAUCAUCUUCAGUGUGUUGAUAUCUCACAAUAGACCUGGAUGUGCACUGUUGAGUAGUCCCAUACUAGGGCAAAACGGCCGUCACGUGGUUCUAGGUUUUCCAUGAUGAUCUAGCUUCGAUCGACUCAUGAGUUCAACUAUUGAUUUUUUUUUGUUUUCCUUGUUAUUCUGCGUUGUGACAUCAUUAACAUCUAUUCUUAAUUAGUGUUUUUUUUUAUAUUUCACUGUUUUGUUUUUGUUGACAUAAUCUUUACAAACAAUUUAUAAACAUGAAUCAAUUAUGUUUCCAUGUUAUUUGUUAUUUGUUUUUCUUUAUUUUCACUGAUGUAUCAUGAGUAUUUUUGUUAAUUUUAAUAAGAUUAUGUUAAAUAUAAAACUAAUUAAAACUUGAAUAUUAUGAACUACUUAUUAACAGUUUUUGAACUUACAUAUAAUUGAUACACAAAAAAUAUAUAAAUCAAUUUUCUUUAUUUUUAUUUUAAGGUAAUUUUGUACUUCGUCCAACAAAUCAAAUUACUUAUGCUGGAUCUACAAUACAACAUGCAUGUAGUGUUAUGACUACACCAGUUUUUAUUGAAUGGUAUUUAAAUACUAAUAAAAUUGGAAGUUGCCUAUUUCACACCAAUACAACUACAAAUACUUUUGGUGAUCCUAAAUUUCAAAUUAUUAUAGGACAGUAUACAGAGAAAUCAUUACCAAUUUGUCAGCUUAUCGUAACGAAUAUUGAUUUUGUUGAUACUGGUGAAUACAAAUGUAAAACUAUUCAUCAUGAUUCUGAAAGUGAUACAGCUUCAGCUUAUAUUCUUGUUUCAUAUCCUAUACGAAAACUUGAAUUACAUAUAGACAAUGAAACUUCUCUAUCAGUUGGUCAACGUACAUAUAUUGAAUGUCAAGCACGUGCUGGAAAACCUGCACCACAAAUUCGUUUGAAUUUAGGUGGACUGCCUAUUUCUGAAGCACGAGUUGUACAAAAAGUCGAUAUUGAAGGCUUAAUUACUUCAACUGCAACAGCCAACAUUAAAUUAACAAAUACACAUCAUUGGCAAUUGUUAACUUGUCAUGUUGAUAUGCAAGCAUAUAGAAAUGUCAAUCAAACGUUCAAAGUAAUUCACCUUAGUGAUUAUGUAUCAGCAGAACUGUAAAAAUGAAUCGAAGAUGGAGACACCAAACUAAGUAAGCACACUGCAAAUCUUAUAAACAACUUUUAUGAAUACAUAUUUCUAUUUUAUAACCUCACCUUAUUUAUACUGGAUCAUUCAUACGUGAAAUUUCAAGCUUUAUUAUUUAUCUUUUGACUACCUUCAUUAUUUAUGAAUGUCAACUGAAAUAUGAUAGAAUUUAGAAUACAUUUUCCAAUACAAAAAAUUGAAUUUUGUCA